AUUGGCCAGCGUCAUUCUAUAAAAACAGUUGCUUUGCAAAUUAUUACGCCAAAGAAACCUAACUCACCAAUAAAAAUAGUGAGUGAAGUGAGGCGGAUUGAAUCUUUAAAACCAUACCGUCUGGAAGACCAGCAAAAUGACGGUCGUCGAUGACAUCCAGACGAAUUCGCUGUCGACCAGACUGAUCUUCUAUCCUUUAAUUCUUCUUGCUACUGGACUCUGGCUCUUAUACAGAUGGCAGCAGCAAUCAAGAAUAUACAAACUGGGAAACAAAUUGCCGGGGCCUAUCGCAUUGCCCGUAUUUGGUAAUGCCCUUUUGGCUCUCGGUAAAAAACCAGAAGAAUUGGUGAGAUUAGGUUUAUCUUACGCUGAGAUGUACGGCUCCGUCGUACGUGGUUGGAUUGGAUCUAAGUUAGUUGUAUUCUUAACUGAUCCCGAUGAUGUGGAAGUCAUCCUCAACAGUCAAGUUCACAUUGACAAGGCCUCCGAAUACAGAUUCUUCAAACCUUGGCUUGGGGAGGGAUUACUUAUCAGCUCAGGUGAAAAAUGGAGAUCGCACCGCAAGAUCAUCGCUCCUACAUUCCACAUAAACAUCUUGAAAUCCUUCGUCGACACAUUUAACCAGAACAGCAAGUCUGUGGUCAAUAGGAUGAAGACGGAAAUGGGUAAAGUGUUUGACGUCCAUGACUACAUGAGUGGAGUAACAGUGGACAUUCUAUUAGAAACUGCAAUGGGUAUCACAAAGGAAACUCAAGAUGCAUCCGGCUUUGACUACGCUGUGGCUGUCAUGAAGAUGUGUGACAUCAUUCACCAAAGGCACUACAAAUUCUGGCUUCGUUUCGACGCCAUAUUCAAGUUCACAUCUUUCUUUGAGAAACAGAAGAAACUUUUAGGAAUCAUCCACGGACUCACCAACAAAGUAAUCAAGAACAAGAAGGAAAAGUACAUCCAUAACAAAUCUAAGGGACUUGCCACAGCAACCGUUGUCGAAGAAAAGACAACUGACAAAGACAUGUCUGGACUUGCUAAUGCUAAGACCCUGGCUGAUACCGUCUUCAAGGGCUACCGUGACGAUCUGGACUUCAAUGACGAGAACGAUGUUGGUGAAAAGAAACGACUUGCUUUCUUGGACCUUAUGAUUGAAGCCGCCCAGAGUGGAGCACACAAGAUCACUGACCACGAAAUUAAAGAAGAAGUUGACACCAUUAUGUUCGAGGGCCACGAUACUACUGCUGCUGGAUCCAGUUUCGUGCUUUGCCUCCUCGGUAUCCACCACGACAUUCAGACCAGGGUGUACGACGAGCUCUACUCCAUCUUCGGCGACUCUGACCGUCCAUGCACAUUUGAAGACACCCUCCAGAUGAAAUACCUCGAGAGAGUAAUCUUCGAAGCGCUCAGGAUGUACCCACCAGUGCCCAUUAUUGCAAGAAAGCUCAACCGUGAUGUUAAGAUUUCGACAAACAACUACCUACUUCCCGCGGGUUCAACCGUGGUUGUUGGAACCUACAAGAUCCACCGCAACCCCAAAUACUACAAGAACCCCAACGUUUUCGACCCUGACAACUUCUUGCCAGAAAACACAUCGAACAGACACUACUACAGCUACAUUCCAUUCAGUGCUGGACCCAGGAGUUGUGUUGGCCGCAAAUACGCCCUUCUAAAACUCAAAGUACUCCUCUCCACCAUUCUCCGUAACUACAAGAUGGAGUCAGAUGUCACCGAGGACCAAUUUGUCCUACAGGCUGAUAUUAUCCUGAAGAGAACAGACGGCUUCAGGGUACAAAUUGCGCCCAGACAGCGGGUGCCAUCUACCGCUGUUUAAAUCCUUUAACUGGUUGCAGGCCUUUAACAUCCCAGAAUUUAAGAGUUAUCCCUACAAAGUUUUGUCAAAUCCUAUUAAAUCCAGGUUUAGAUUGGGAGAUGUUGGAUUAUUACGUGACUAUUUGUAUGGAAUAUAGGUCUGCAAUUACUCAUUUAGUUAGGAUCAAGUUACUUAACAUAUGGCUUAACUAAUUUCUAAUUGAUAAUAAGUUUAUCAUUUGUGUAAUUAGGGUUAUUUUUAUUCUUGACUGGUUGCGACAGGUGAUUUUAUUUAUUUAUAUCAUGAAAUAAAUGCUCUUUAAUAAGA